UUGACUCAUAGAGGCGCGGGCCUCGGAGAGGGGCAUCAAUCUCCAUCCGUCAACACCGGCAGGAGAGACGUACCUACAACGAGCGCGGCGGAAGAGUUACAGAACGGUUAUGGGUUUUUAUUUUUUUAUUUUUUUCUGCGUUGAAAUGUUAAUUUUCUAGUUCCGAAACAGGUGCGAGUUGCACGCGGAGCUGCUGUACCUGCUUCACUUCUGCCAGAAAACAACAAACUUUCUUCUAUGUGGAUAUUUCUCGAACUCUGGAUCUCAUUGGGUUGACAUUUAACAGGAUUUUUUUCCAAAAAAAAGGAGCCUGAAGAAGGAGCCCAGCUGAGCACCGGAACACCGGGAGAUCUGCAGCGUUGUGUCCGGUCCAGACACCGGGAGAUCUGCAGCGUUGUGUCCGGUCCAGACUCCGGUCUUUAGCAUGAUGUCUUAUCUCAAACAGGCCCCGUACGGGAUGAACGGACUGGGCCUGGGCGGAGCCGCCAUGGACCUGCUGCACCCGUCUGUCGGGUACCCGGGAAACCCGCGGAAGCAGCGCCGGGAGCGGACCACGUUCACCCGGACGCAGCUGGACAUUUUGGAGUCGCUGUUCGCCAAGACGCGCUACCCGGACAUCUUCAUGAGGGAGGAGGUGGCGCUGAAAAUCAACCUGCCGGAGUCCAGAGUGCAGGUGUGGUUUAAGAACCGGCGAGCCAAGUGUCGGCAGCAGCAGCAGAGCAGCAACAGCGCCAAGGCGAAGCCCGUCAAGAAGAAGUCGUCUCCGACGCGAGAGAGCACGGGUUCCGAGAGCAGCGGCCAGUUCACCCCGCCGGCAGCGCCCAGCUCCUCCUCCUCCACGUCCUCCUCCACGUCCUCCUCCUCCUCCGGGCUCGGUGGCGGUGGCUCCGCUCUGCUCAGCGCCUCCGCCUCGGUCACCGCCCCGGUGUCGUCCAUCUGGAGCCCGGCGCCCAUCUCCCCGGCCCCGGCGCCGGCCACGCUGCCCGACCCGGCCGCCCCGACCAGCGCCUCCUGCAUGCAGCGCUCGGCGUCCUCCUCCAGCGGGACGCCGUCCUACCCGGUGUCCUACAGCCAGACGGCGGCCGCGUACGGCCAGGGCUACCCUGCCUCGGCGUCCGGCUCUUACUUCAGCGGCGUGGACUGUGGCUCGUAUUUGGCGCCCAUGCACUCGCACCACCACCCGCACCACGCGCACCAGCUCAGCCCGAUGAGCGGAGGCUCCAUGUCGGGACACCCGCACCACCACAUGGGCCAGACGUCGGCACAUCACCACCCUCCCCACCACCACCCGCACCACCCGUCGCACCACCACCAGGCGUACAGCGCGCCCGGCCUCGCCUUCAACUCCACAGAUUGUCUGGAUUACAAAGAGCAGACAGCUGCUGCGGCAGCGGCUGCGUCGGCAUGGAAACUCAACUUCAACGCCUCCGACUGUUUGGACUACAAAGACCAGGCAUCGUGGCGUUUCCAAGUGCUGUGACGUCCUCCUUCCGUGUUUGUCCUCCUCUUCUCU